AUGAAUAACCUCUCUCAUCUCCUCAACAAAGCUGCUCGGGAGUUCAAAUUUGAUUACCAUCAUAAGUGUCGCGAUGCAAAACUGACUCAUCUAAGCUUCGCUGAUGAUCUUUUGAUUUUCACAGAUGGUUCUCUGGCUUCAGUUCAAGCUGUUCUCCAGAUCCUGAAAGAGUUUGAGCAAUGCUCUGGCCUGGCUAUCAGUGUUCAGAAGUCGUCCUUUUUUGCUUCAGGUUUAUCGCAAGGGGAAAUUGACACUAUUCAAUUCUCCACUGGUAUGCCUCACAUGUCGUUACCUAUGCGAUAUCUUGGUGUUCUCCUCAGCUCCAAAAAGCCUUCACCCACCCACUGUGAAGUGCUUAUCCAACAGAUCAAGGGUCGCCUAUCAUCGUGGAGUGCUAAGGCUGUCUCUUUCGCAGGCCGACUUCUCCUCAUCAAAACAGUCAUAGCAGGGAUCAACACUUUCUGGUGCUCCUCCUUCAUCUUGCCGAAGUCUGUUAUCAAACGAUCGGUGUGGGUUGCUUGGUUCAAAAGCGAUAUCCUAGCUGGUUCACUAAACAACUUCUGGACUGUCAAGCCUAAUCAAAGACACUCAUGGCUAACAAACAAGAUCAUCAAGAUGCGAGACACCAUGUUUACCUGGAUCAAGCUCAGGAUUGAGAAUGGUCGAAACUGCAUGUUCUGGACUGACAACUGGUACCCAGAAGGGAGGAUUCUUCAACUAGCAACGGAAGGAAGGAGCUCAAGACUUGGAAUCAGGAAAGAUGCAACACUAGCAAGCUUGUAUAAUGAUGGAUCUUGGUCACUGCCUCCUGCUCGUUCUGAGAACCAGGUGCGCAUUCUUGCGUUCCUCUCUUCAGUUAAUUUCUCAACUGCAGAGGACUACUAUGAGUGGGAAAUUGAUGGUGUCAUAAGUGGUAAAUACUCUACGGGUGUUGUCUAA